AUGAGUCGUCAACUCUCAGAAAAUGCCAUAGUACAAAUCCUAGAGGAUUGCAGUGACUCUGAGAGCGAUGAAAAACAAGAAAUUUCAGAAGACGAGGCUAACAUAAGCGAUCAGGAAACUGUAUACAGUGAACAUGAUUCUUCGUCCGAAAUAGAGCAAAGUGACGACUCCUCCGCAAGUCAAUCUGAAGAGGAAACAAUAAGAAAUUGUUUUUACAGUAAAACCCGAUACAAAUGGAGCAAGACCCCUCCACAUCCCUCUCGUAUUCGACAGCACAACAUCAUCGAAGAAUGCGCUGGUUUGAAAGGACCUGCUCUUAGUAAAAACGAAAUGUCACCAGUAGAAACUUGGGAACUUUUGCUUACCGACGAUAUUAUCCAAGCUAUAGUGUUGUACACUAAUCAAAAACUAGAAGCUCAAUAUAUUCCACCGUUAGUGCGGCCCUACUAUGCCAAAAACAUUGAUAGUUGUCUAACAUAUGUUGGCACACUGCAGAAAAACAAGAGAGAAAUUCCACGAGAAUUUCUACCUAACACGACAAGGCCCGUGGAAUCAUCAUUAUUCGGAUUUGUAAGUGACAAAACAUUGGUAUCACACGUACCAAAAAAAAACAAGAGCGUAGUUCUACUUUCUUCUAUGCACCAUGACAUGUCAGUAAACGAGCAGUCUAAAAAACCGGAAAUAAUAGAAUUGUAUAACAGCACCAAAGGAGGUGUAGAUGCCUUGGAUUUGAAGUGUUCAAAUUAUUCAUGUGCACGUCGAACACGAAGAUGGCCUAACGCAAUGUUUGGUGCUAUAAUGAACAUUUCAAUUGCAAAUGGUUAUGUUCUCUGGGUUCUAUCUAAUCCGAAUAAAAAAUUGAGCCGUCGUAACUAUAUAAAGUCUAUUGCUAUGACUCUUAUAAAGCCACAUGUUUCCCAGAGAUGGGAAAAUAAUCCUACCUUGACCAAAGAUAUAAAAGCAAUAAUGUGCAAGUUGAUUGACAAAGAGCAGCCUUUGGUUGAUUCGGAUGAAGCUGGCCAUAGUGCCCCAAAAAUGAAGCGUAGGUGCUUUAUUUGCCCAAGGGCUAAAGACAAAAAGAGUACUAUUGUUUGCAAAUCUUGCAAAUAA